GAUGACAAGACCCAACGCUUCUUCGAUCAGACGGUCACCGACCUCCCUUUCUUCCUCACUCUGGAGUCGACUGAUCGUCCCUCGGUGUCUCGUUGCCACCGCUCCUCUGCGCAUUUCGAUGUAAUGGAGACGGGGUACGACUUCAUUCUCGGUACUCCGUGGUCUCAUAGGUUCCGAAGCACCGAGGCCGAUUGGGCGACUGACACUCUCAUUUUCAGAACGAAGUGUGGACAGACGUAUCGCGUACCUUUUAUAGGUACCAUUGCGACACCACGCCCCGAUCCGGAGCGUUCCGUGCCCACACCAUCGCCUACUAUCACCGUCACCUCGCCUCGGCAGUUUGCUCACUUCAUUCGACAGGAUGACGUCACCUUCUUUACGGUGAACGUUACGGAUCUCUUGCACUAUGGUCCACCCUGUCCCGACACCGAGCUCAUCUCUCUGGAGCCAAAUCCUCCUUCUAUCUCCAUGGCUCCCAUCUCUACCUCCCUCCCUCCUUCGUCCGUCAAUUCCACCCCGUCGUCACGCGUCGAUGCUGACGCUGAGGAACUCGCACGCUAUACGGUUGACCUGGAGCCCGCCGUUCGUGACCUCAUUCGAGAGUACCACGAUGUUUUGCCAUCGUCGUUCUUGUACGUCUGCAUCCUACCGAUGCACGACGUCGAGCAUUCCAUCCAGCUUGUACCUGACUAUCGUGUUCACCACCAGACACCCUACAGACUCUUGAUCCCUGAGGCCACCGAACUCAAGCGUCAGCUUGAGGAACUCCUGAGACAGGGUUUCAUUAAACCCAGCAACUCCCCGUGGGGUGCACCCGUCCUCUUUGCUCACAACGCGGAUGAAACUCUUCGUCUCUACAUCGAUUUUCGUGGUCUCAAAGACUACACGGUUAAGAAUAACUACCCCAUGCCUCGUUCCAACGAGCUGUUCGACCGCCUAACAGGCAACCGCUUCUUUACGAAGAUUGAUCUUCGUCACGGUGGCGGUUACCAUCAGAUCCGCGUCGCUGCAGCGGACCAACCGAAGACAGCGUUUCGAUCCCACUUCGGCCACUAUGAGUUUACGGUGAUGCCAUUUGGCCUCACCAACGCACCCGCUACCUUCCAGACGACGAUGAACGAGAUCUUCAGGGACAUUCUGGAGUAGUAUGUUCUCGUCUACCUCGACGACAUUCUGAUCUACAGUCGUACCCUUGAGGAACAUCUCAGACACCUCCACGACGUGCUUGACCGCUU